AUGGCAUCCUUUCUCGUGGCACAAAAUGUCGUCGAACCCCGAAUCAGUACCAUUGAAGAAGCGCUGCUUUCGUCCACACCACUGUGCGUGCAGCGGGGAUCCGUCAUGGACGAUUUGCUCUCGGACAAGUAUCCCGACCUCAAGUUGGUACGAAAGGAUACCGAGCAGGGCAUGUUUGAAGGCCUCGGCUUGGGCUGGUACAAUGGCAAGGGAGGAUGUGGGGCGCUCUUGACCAAUCUGGGAACCUAUGACAUUUACCAAGGACAAGAAGCCACCAAUAGUGAUUGCACACUGGGAAGUGACAAGCGUCUCAUAUUGAAUCUUCCCGCCGGCUUUGCCACGGCGGUGGACUCGGCCAUUCAGUGCACCUCCUUGAUCAGCUACGUAUUGGACGUGCACUUGCAAGAAAUGCAACAAGAGGGCUUUAUCCAAGAGGCAUGGCAACGGCACGUGGCCAAAAUCUCCGAGGUGACAUGUGGACCAGAAACCAACACGGGUGGAUCCUCCGGAGGAGGCGGAGAGGAUGCCAAUUCCGAUGGUAGCUUCUCCCUCGACAUGAAGGCAAUGGGGGGCAUCUUUUUGAAUCAUUUUGUCAUGUCAGUGGCUGCCUUGGGACUGGCGUUCUGUCAGAGAAUGUACACCAAGUACAACAAACCAGAGAGAAAGAUGCGGCCCAUCAAGGUCGAUGAAGCCGUCCACAAUAUUGUAGAAACGGUGGACGAGUCCCUCAAGACAGUGGCGGAGACGGUGGAUGUCUCCAUGCGGAGUAUGAAAGAAGGCAUUGACGGCACCGUUAGGGUGGCCAAGGACACGAUGGACGGAUCUAUGCGACAUGUAACGCGUGCCCUAGAUGAAUCCACGAGGAAUGUGAUGCAAUCCGUGGACGGAUCCAUGAGAAACAUGGUGCAAACCGUGGAUGGGUCCAUGAGGAGCAUGACAGGGUCCAUGAGACGCGUCAGUCGUCCUUCCACUCGCAGCUUUCGAUGGGACGCGAGCUCCUACGAUGAUGAUGCCAACCAAGAAAACAGCGACUGA